ACACACACACACACACACACACACACACACACACAAACACACACACGGGGCUAGCUUUGGUUUAGCGCAGCGCUGCUACAUCCGGGCGACCUGCUCGGUUUAUCAACCCUGCGAAGAUGGCGACUUCAGGGAGGAGUGCAUUAUUAUCCUCCUCAUCCACUGGACCUAAGACUACAUUGGAAAACUCCAACCCAGAGGAGGAUGAUGGACAAAAUCUAUGGUCCACUAUCCUGAGUGAAGUGUCAACCCAUUCAAGAUCUAAACUACCGGCUGGCAAAAAUGUCCUGGUCAUGGGUGAGGUGGGCUCAGGAAAAACCACCUUAGUUGCCAAGCUGCAAGGAGUUGAAGAGUAUAUGAAGGGGCGUGGCCUUGAAUACCUCUACUUCAGUGUUCAUGACGACGACAUCGAUGACCACACAAGAUGUAAUGCUUGGGUUCUAGAUGGAGACCUCUAUCACAAAGGUCUGCAGGGAGUAGCAAUACCUGUGGAUGCGCUUAGUGACACACUGUUGCUGAUAACAGUUGACAUGUCACGGCCGUGGAAUGCUUUGGACUCUUUGCAGAAAUGGGCGGCUGUUGCAAGGGAACACAUUGACAAACUACGGGUCCCCCCAGAAACACUAAGAGAGCUAGAACACAAAAUUGUUAAGCAGUUUCAGGAAUACACAGAACCAGGCAGUGGAGAGGAUGGUACACCACAAAGAAGGAAUGAAGAUGAAGAAAGUAUUCUUCUACCCUUGGGGGACAACACACUCACACAUAACCUGGGAAUACCAGUAAUGGUGGUCUGCACCAAGUGUGAUGCCAUCAGCACAUUGGAGAAAGAGCACGACUACAGAGACGAACACCUUGACUUUAUUCAGUCCCAUGUCAGACACUUCUGUCUACAGUAUGGGGCUUCUCUUGUGUAUACAUCAGUAAAGGAGAUGAAGAAUUUGGAUGUGCUUUAUAAAUACUUGGUUCACCGUCUUUAUGGCUUUCCUUUCCACUGUCCUGCUCAGGUGGUGGAAAGAGAUGCUGUUUUCAUUCCUUCAGGUUGGGACAAUGAGAAAAAGAUUGCAAUCCUCCAUGAGAAUUUUCAGACAGUAAAAGCAGAUGACAGCUUUGAAGAUGUAAUAGUUAAGCCUCCUGUCAGAAAGAUCGUCCAUGAAAAGGAGAUCCAAGCUGAAGAUGACCAGGUCUUUCUGGUAAAACUUCAGUCACUAUUAGCCAAGCAACCUGCUGUGACCACAGGGCGGCCAGUGGACACAACCAGCAGAGCACCCACAGGUUCUCCAAGGACGAGUAACCGCUCAGCAGCAGCCAAUGUUGCUAAUGCCAUGCCUCAAGCAGGUCAGACUAGUGAGGGUGUUUUGGCAAACUUCUUUAACAGUCUACUGACAAAAAAAGCUGGAAGUGGGCCUCCUGGGACAGGUGGCAACAAUACUCCUGGAACAGUACGGAAAUCAGGUUCAAAGCUUGGAAUUAGUGAUGUACAGGCAGAAUUGGACCGCAUAUCCAGUCGCGACACUGAAGUAGACUUGUCCAAUGCCAACGAAACCCCCGCCAAUGACGGACAAGACACAUGAAGACCAACACACAUCAAACUCCUCCCUCUUUGUCACUCCUUCCCUCUGAGUCACCUCCUGGCUCUUCAACCUCACCUCCCAUUUUCCUCUGUUCAUUGUAAAGAUGUGAGAAUAGAGAAAUAUGGGCAAGGAAAUGGGGUCAGAGUGGACAGAUUUAUUCACAACAUUUUUCACUUUGUCCUAAAUGAGAAGAAGUUGAUGUCCUCCUUUAAAACCUUACAGAAACAUUCUUCUUGCUCCAUUUUAUCUUCCUGUCUGUUAUGCGGAGGAUGGUGAUUUGCCACUGUUACAUUCAAGGCUGUCUGUUUCUCAAAAACAAGCAUUUGGGGCCAUUGUAGAGGGAAAUGUUGGAGUGUGAAGCCUCUUUGGAUAGAUUAUAUCUGAACUUGAUUGGAGUGGAGAGAUCCAUCAUCGUGAUGGACUUGUUACUGUUUUUUACUCUAGGGUUUAAGUGCGCAUGUUGAAAAAAAUGCACUUAGGUACUAUAGGACCAGGUUGUGUGAAUGUAUAUGUUACGUAUGAAAUGGGUCACAUUUGGUCAGUAUUCUUUGGAUAAACAGAACAAAAAUGCCUACAACUAAAUUGCUUACAGACUUUAAAUGUUUGUAAUUGGAAAUGCAAGAUAAAGGGACAAGCAAACCAGUAUUUUAUGUGUGUAUGUGUGUGUGUGUGUUCUUUUGUGUGAGUCCAAGAGAGAAUGUGGCACAUGUAGAUAAUAUGAAGGAAUUGAUUCAUUGUAGACCUAAUAUGUUGAUAUGAGAUUUUCAGUUGUAACCAAAUUACAGAACAUUACUGGAGCCAAUACACUAAUUGUAACAGGUUGCCUGUUUGACUACAAAAGCCAAUAAAUGUAUUCAUACACUAAUCCAUGCAGAACACCCCUUACAAUGUUGUUUUAUAUUGGGCAAACCACCACUUGUAUCCAUUAUUAUCCAUACUGGUAAAAACAGACAAUGCACUGCAACGGUUGUGCUGCAUCUGAAUAGCUAAGCUUUAUUUGUACAGAAAGACACACUAGUGAUUCUGUAGUAAAUACCGGCGUUUAGGGGUUCAGAAUAUGGGAGUGUCACCUCAAGAAUGUACAGUCAUUGUCAUGCUGAUUGGUCCUGUUAUUUCAGAGCUCUGUGUUGGCGUUUGUAUAAUCAAAUCUGUUAAUCAGUCAAAUAAAAGGUGUAUUUAUUCGGA